CUGAAAGAACUGUCAUUUAGAGUGAGUGGACACGAUGGGGAAGACUCAGCUGGAGCCAGAAAACACGAAUUAAACAUUUCAAAAAGUAUCAAAAUCAACUCUUAGAGUUACACGUGUCAGGAUUACACCCUGCGUCGGCAUGUGUUAGUAUCUUACAGAGAAGCAGAAACUUUGGCAGCACGUCUUUCUUGUUGCAGUAGAAACUACAGCCAGUUUCUGAGGAUGUCAGCCCCCAGCAACUCACUUCAGCAGCCGAGAGUGAGACGCAACAAUGCAGGCUCCCCCGGCUCGUUCAACAACAGCAGCUGCCGUUUGCACCCCAUCCGUGCCACAGUGCCCUAUCAGCUUCUGCGUGCGGGUCAGAGCAGUCCGACGCGGCCGCAGGCUCUUUGCGGAGGAACCACGAACAGCCGAGGCUCAAGUCCCCCUUCCAGUCCUACACUAACUUCAGGAAAUGCAAAUGCUAAGCAGAGACUGUCCCCCGAAAAUAAGGACUCCUCCUGUCUCCCAGACUCUCCAGUAUCCAGAGAAAGAGCCAAGCUACAGGUUCGAGGAUCCAGUUCUAUCAGGCGGACGUCUUCUCUGGAUGCCAUCACAGGGCCAUACCUCACUGGUCAGUGGCCUCGCGACUCCCAUGGACCCUACCCUUCCUGUAUGAAAGACAAAGCCACACAGACUCCAGGUCUCUGGAUUGAUGAAGGAGCAGAGCAAGGAAGUCCUCACCAGCGGUCAGCCUCGUGGGGCAGUGCAGACCACCUCAAAGAGAUUGCUAAACUGAGGCUGCAACUGCAGCGCAGCAAACAGGUCGGCCGGCAGAACAAAGACAGGGAGCAGAGCUCACUGCAGCUGCCGCAGCAGGCGCAGCACAGCACUGCAUGCCAGCCUCAGUACAAAGGAAGUUCAUCAGCUGUAUCAACAAUCCCAGUGCCAAAGUCCCUCAUUUGCAGGGUGCCAAGCAGUGUGGAGGGCAUCAACCAUGAGCUAGAAAAUGUGUUUAUCAGGGAGGACUGGGAACAGGGGAUACAGGCCAUGGAUGUGGUGGAUGGCCGUCGCCCCCCCUUCCCGCCGCAUCGCUACAGCAACGGUGGGGACACGCGUGACACGGACACACAGGCCCCCUCCAGCGGUGACUCUAGCCCAUCGCCCCGUCCCUGCAGCUCUGACCACCGCCACUCCCCUGAUGAAAGUCCCUGUUCUACAGAGGAAAUUGACAAAGACAGUUUGUGCAGUUCUCCUCUCCCCAAGUUUGCCACUUCUCCCAAACCAAACAACAGCUACAUGUUCAAGCGGGAACCCCCAGAGGGCUGUGAGAGGGUCAAAGUGUUUGAGGAGUUGGUGUCUGGCAAAUCAAAAGGCUUCCCUCUCUUCUCAUGUCCGGACAAAAACAAGGUGAACUUCAUUCCCAGGGGCUCUGCCUUCUGCCCUGUCAAACUCCUUUGCUCCUCCCUCUUCUCCCCUGUCUCUCCCUUGUCCUGCUCCUCCGUCAACCCUAGUCUCCAUGGUAACGGCAGCCCCGGA